GACUGAGUCGAUAGGGAGUAUUUUUAGAGAAAGAAGAAACUCGAGAGUGAUUGAACUCCGAGUAACAACAAGAAGAAAGGGUUUCUAUUAUGUGAAUCUUGAUGUAAAAAAACCCUUUUUUCCUUCAUGUUAUCUCUCGGAUUGAUUCUGUUAUCCGGAUCUUGAUUGGAUUGGGUUGAAUUCGAUUCUUCAUCUGUUACCGUGUAUGAAUCUCCUGCAGAUCUGGUUCAUCGAUUAGGGGAAACUGCACCUACUUGAUUCGAUCAAAUGGAUGGUGUCAAAAUGAAACUCAAUUUUGCUGUUUAAUGAUUGUUUACGUUUCACGCUCUACUAAUAGCCUGCAACCAGCUUCAGGAUCUGAAUCACUUGUGAGAGUGAAGUGGAAGAUUUCAUCUUCCACUACCUUCACCCUCACCCUCGCUCCCAUCACCCCCUUUCUGCAACUGGUUCAUGUCUGGUAACCUAGACAGCCCAGUUAAAACGCAAAUGGCUCUAUCAGUUUUCAAGAGUCCUGUAGGAAGGAAUCACCAUGGAAACGACACAAUGGAAGGAGUGAACCUGAAAACCACAGGUAGAAGACGUAUCUUCAUUCAAACAGAAAGCGGAUGCGUAUUAGGAAUGGAUCUGGAUCGAAACGAUAACGCACACAUGGUCAAACGAAGGUUACAAAUCGCCCUCAAUGUCCCAACCGAAGAGAGUUCUUUAACUUUUGGAGAUUUAAUCUUGAAAAACGACUUAAGCGCCAUUCGCAACUAUUCCCCUCUUCUCCUAACAAGAAACUUAAUCCACAGAAGCUCUUCAAGUCCAUGUCUUUCCCCUUCAGGUAGAGACAUCCAACAGAGAGACAGAUCUGGACCAAUUGAAAUCCUGGGGCAUUCUAGUAAUUUCACAAAAACUAAAGAACUCGUGAAGGAGAUUGCAAUCGCGUUAAAAAACGGAAUCGACCCGAUUCCAGUUCAUGGAGGCCUAGGUGGCGCUUAUUACUUCAGAAACAUCAAUGGUGAAAGUGUCGCAAUUGUGAAACCAACAGACGAAGAACCAUUUGCACCCAAUAAUCCAAAAGGGUUUGUAGGAAAAGCCCUUGGUCAACCCGGGUUAAAAAGGUCAGUUCGUGUUGGUGAAACCGGUUAUCGUGAGGUUGCAGCUUACCUUCUUGAUCACAACCACUUUGCUAAUGUCCCCCCUACUGCCCUUGUCAAAAUCACUCACUCCAUCUUCAAUGUCAAUGAUGUAAGUGGGACCCGAGACAAGAACAAAAAGAAACAUUUCAGCAAAAUCGCUUCUUUCCAACAAUUUAUCGCACACGAUUACGAUGCGAGCGAUCACGGGACUUCAAAUUUCCCGGUUUCAUCCGUGCAUCGUAUCGGGAUUUUAGACAUACGGAUCUUUAACACGGAUCGACACGCAGGGAAUCUUUUGGUUCGAAUUGGUGGAGGGCAAUUUGGUCAAGUUGAAUUAAUCCCGAUCGAUCACGGACUCUGUCUACCUGAAAACUUAGAAGAUCCGUAUUUCGAAUGGAUUCAUUGGCCACAAUCUUCAAUUCCAUUCUCGGAAGAUGAACUUGACUACAUCGAAUCACUCGAUCCGUUUCGUGACUCUGAAAUAUUGAAAUCCGAGCUCCCGAUGAUCCGUGAAGCGUGUCUUCGUGUUCUCAUCCUCUCCACCGUUUUCCUAAAAGAAGGCGCUCGAUUCGGGCUGUGUUUGGCGGAGAUCGGGGAGAUGAUGAGCCGGGAGUUCCGGCGGGGGGAGGAGGAGCCGAGCGAGCUUGAGGCACUGUGCAUGGCGGCAAGACGCGCGGUGGUGGUUGAGCGGGAGAAAAACCAAAACCAAAACCGGGAACCCUUUGUCUUAUCAUCAUCAUCUCCGAAAAGAGAAGUUCAAGUUCAGUUUCAAGAAGAUGGAAAUCAUGGAAUUGUGUUUGAGAUCGAUGACAUCAGCCCUAUUUCUCCGUUUCAAUUUGGUUAUGGGAGAAACCCGCUUUCGAAACUUGAAGAGGAACAGGAGGAAGAGGAGGAGGAGGAGGUUGUACUUUGUGCAUCGGGAGAUGUACAUUGUGUGUCGAGGUUGUUGAAGAAGAAUUUGAGUUUAGGUGAACAUAGGAGUGCGAGUGAGCAAGCUCCGGGGAGUGCUUGUUUUGUGAAGUUGGGGGAUAUGAAAGAGGAGGAGUGGGGGAUGUUUUUGGAGAAAUUUCAGGAGCUGUUGGGGCCCGCGUUCGGGCAACGGAAGUCGGGCAGUGUCGGGCAGAGGCUGAGACAGAGGUUGGGGACUUCUUGCCAGUUUUAAGUGAGAGAGAGAGAGAGAGAGAGGGUGUACUUGUAUGAGUUUGACUUUGGAUAGUUUGACUGGGGUUGUUGUAGUGAAGGGUUUAGGUUUUGGUUGGGUUUUUUUGAUUUAUUUUAGUCCUUGUGGACCUGUUUUAUAAAUAAAUUUGUAGUAUAUGGAAUGGAACAAAAAAAAAAGAUAAAAGAAUGAGAAUGGUAGUGUAAGAUUGUAGAUAUAUGAAUCUUUUGCCUUUCUUCUUUCA